UUAUGUAUAAGAAAAUGCGUUUUUAGUUCUAGUUUAUCUUUAUGCGCAUGAAUAUUUUUUAUAUAUGUUUCACUUCCGGUUUGAACUUUCAAUUGUGCUUUUUCAUAGUGGCGACGACAAGUGGUUGAUAAGCCAUUGCCUUCAGGUUGUCAACAACAUGGUGAAGAACGUGGACGUGGAGAUGAAGGACACAUCAAGUCCCAAAAAGAAUGCAGACAAAUCUGAAGCUUCCAAUGGAGUAGAGGAGGAACCUAAAAAGGAUCCUGACCUCCUGACCCUUGAGGAUGUCAGAGAACAUGUACGUCACAUAGAAAAGGCUGUUGCUACGAAGGAGCCAAGAUACAUUUCACGCGUUAUUCGUGGUUUGGUAUCCAUUAGGCGUAGAUUGAAUCCUCUUGUUCUUCGCAAACUUUUGCAAGGGUAUAUGAAUUCUCAGGUGGCUUUGAAAGAGGAAUUGUUAGAGUUUGUAGUAGAUUCGGGGCCUGAACCCAAUGGAAUUGCUUCCUUCAGACCUAAGUCAGGAAAGCUGGCAACUUUACUGCCUGAAGUAGAGACCUAUCUUCACUUGCUGGUUGUGAUAUACCUAAUAGAUCUGAAGAAAUAUCCGGAGGCAGUAAAGUGUGCAGAAUCGUUAGUACAGAAAGUAUCUGCUCAGAAUCGUCGAACUCUAGAUAUGCUGGCUGCCAAAUGCUACUUCUACUAUUCUAGAGCCUAUGAGCUAACUCAGCAGUUGGAUAAGAUUAGGACAUUCUUACAUGCUCGUCUAAGAACAUCAACACUACGGUCAGAUUUUGAAGGUCAAGCCAUGCUUCUUAAUUUGCUCCUUAGGAAUUACCUGAAUUUCAACCUGUUUGAACAAGCGGAUAAGCUCGUCUCAAAGUCAACUUUCCCAGAGAGUGCUUCAAAUAAUGAAUGGGCACGUUUUCUUUACUACAUGGGUCGAAUCAAAGCUGCACAGCUUGAAUACUCUGAAGCACAGAAAUAUCUGCAGCAGGCGCUAAGAAAAGCCCCACAGCAUAGUGCUGUAGGAUUCAAACAAAUUGUUCAGAAGCUUUGUAUUACUGUGGAGCUUUUAAUGGGAGAUAUUUCGGAUCGUCAUCUCUUCAGACAGCCGUCCAUGAGGAAAACCCUGGCUCCCUAUUUCCAGCUUACCCAGGCUGUGCGGACUGGAAAUCUGGCCAAGUUUAAUGAAGUUCUGGCAAAAUUUGGUUCCAAGUUCCAAGGAGAGGAUACAUACACAUUGAUCAUUAGACUUAGACACAAUGUGAUUAAAACAGGCAUUCGAAUGAUUAACCUGUCAUAUUCUCGUAUUUCACUCACAGACAUUGCACAGAAGCUGAUGUUGGACAGUCCGGAAGAUGCAGAGUAUAUAGUUGCGAAAGCCAUCCGUGAUGGCGUUAUUGAGGCCAACAUUGAUCAUGAGAAAGGUUUCGUUCAAUCAAAGGAAACCAGCGACGUGUACACAACCCGAGAACCAAUGGCUGCUUUUCACAGUCGUAUCACUUUCUGUCUUGACAUUCAUAAUCACUCCAUCAAAGCCAUGAGGUUUCCCCCAAAGUCCUACAACAAAGAUUUGGAAUCGGCUGAAGAGAGGAGAGAACGCGAACAACAGGAACUAGAAAGUGCUAAAGAAAUCGCAGACGAGGACUUUGAUGGGUUCCCUUGAAUAUAAAGUGUUUUUACAAGGCCCCCCAAAAUACGUGUGUUUGCAAUUGCAUCCUGAAAAAAAAGUACCAGUAAUAUCAAUAGGUCCAUAUGUUCUUGUGAUCUUUUUCACAAACUGCUAUGAAUUUUGUAAUCAUUGAAAUUUUUAAACAGUAUGAUGAAGUACUAAACAAGCAUUGACCUAUCUCUAUAAACUUUUCAACAAAUGUAGGAAAGUUUUGUUUCUAAGCUAAAGUGUUGUGGAUGGUAACAGUCAGCACACCUAUUUUUUGGCCUAAUUUAUAAUUGAUUGUACUGUAUUUUCAGUCAUUAAAUAUCUAGUUCAAAUGAA